GGCAAGUGCUUAGUCGCAAAACCUUAUAACUUUUCAGGUACUCAAGGAGCUAUCGCUAUCUAGAUAAAAGAAUGGACUUACAAAGCACAUGCAGGGAAUACUCUCGGCUGACAUAUUUUCACAUCAAUAUCGUAUGUGAUGUACUUUUUAUAUAGCAAUGAAUUUGAUUGAUAAAAUGGAAUUCCUUUCAUCAGAUCUGAAAUUGAUCGACUUUGAUAGAACUGGAAACGAAUGACUAGAGGCUGAAUGCAAAAAUGAAGAACGACGAGAAAUCUGUUUAAGAAUGCUUCGUGAAAAUGUGUUUCCAAGUCAUGAAUCGCUUUUACUUCUUCGGAUUAUAGGCUACAGUAUAAAACCCGAGGAGUUCAAGUUACGUUUGCAAAGGAUGCCAAAGAAGCAUGUUUUACGAUAAAAAAAAUUACCCUAAAGGAGAGGGUUAUUUCCAUGCACGCUUCUUGAUAUCCAGCUCACGAAUUACGGUUAAAGCACUUAAAUGUUUUAGAUUUACUUAGUUUCUUAAGACUUUCAAGUCGUUAGUAAUAGGUAACAAACCUUAUCAUAUUUGCCUAAUAAUAGUGCUGUAUUUCUAAUCUUAUGUUAUCCUGCACAAUACUAAGGUAUGGAGGAAUCUAGUCAAUUAAAACUAUCACCUGGCAUUUACGGAGAAGCGUUGAAUAUUUCAACGAAUGAUACCAAUGUGAAUUACAGCGCUAAGGCUGAAGAAAAAGAAGGGAACUUAGUUUUCCAGACAACUUUAGCUGUGACCUUAUCUCUCCUAACCCUCGCUACGGCUUUAGCCAAUGCGUUUGUUAUCGCUACUAUUUAUCAGUCAAGGAAGCUACACACGCCUGCGAACUUUCUGAUAGCUUCGCUGGCUGUAACUGACCUUCUAGUGUCCAUCCUGGUUAUGCCUGUGAGCGCUCUCUAUACCGUGAGCCGGACUUGGACUUUAGGACAAAUAGUGUGCGACAUCUGGCUCUCCUCAGACAUAACGUGUUGCACCGCUUCAAUCCUUCAUUUAUGCGUGAUCGCCCUGGAUCGUUACUGGGCGAUCACCGACGCUGUUGAGUACGCCAAAAAGCGGACCCCCGCGAGGGCAGCGGGGAUGAUCGCAAUUGCUUGGAUCAUCGCCAUCUCCAUCUCUGUCCCGCCUUUGUUUUGGCGUCAGGUCAAGGCAGAAGAAGUAACCAGCUGCUACGUGAAUACCGACCACAUCUUUUACACGAUCUACUCCACCUUUGGAGCCUUCUACAUCCCCACGUUGCUGCUCAUCGCCCUGUACGGGAGGAUCUAUGUGGAAGCCCGCACAAGGAUCUUAAAACAGUCGCCGAAAAAGACGGGGAAAAGACUAACUUCGGCUCACUUGAUCACUAACUCCCCAGGGUCUGUGGCUUCAACGACGUCCCUGAACUACAGGACUCAGGAGAAUUCAUCUAGCGACACCGGGUCACCGGUUAAUCUAAACCAAGUAAAAGUAACGGUGUCCGACGCGCUUUUAGAGAAGAAGAGAAUUUCCGCAGCUAGGGAGAGAAAAGCUACCAAAACCUUAGGAAUCAUCCUGGGAGUUUAUAUAAUCUGCUGGCUGCCAUUCUUCAUUCUCACCUUACUGGUGCCUAUUUGUGCGACUUGCACGUUUUAUCCAGAAUUGUUUGACUUCUUCACCUGGCUAGGCUAUCUCAAUUCUUUAAUCAACCCCAUCAUAUACACCAUGUCUAACGAGGAUUUCAAACAGGCUUUUCAAAAACUCAUUCGUUUUAGGUGCUGCAGGUCAUGAGUUUGUGGAGAAUAAGUUAAAAAUGGGAUAAAAUCCUGUAAUGGCUUUCCAGGUCAAAAGGUAGGAUCCACAGCAACAUCAGUUGUGUUAAAUGUUGUUGAACAUCAUCCUAUACACUUGACAAUAAACACCACGACAAUUAAAUGCAUUUUAGGUCCUAGUCUAAUUAUAUAGAUAUUGACUAGGACGUGCAAACGUCGGAAAACGUAGGUAAUAAAAACAUCACCAAAACCGAGGAAUAAAAUUGGUUGAUUUUUAGGGGUAAGAGGGCUGAGACAUUUAAGCAUUAAAACAUAUUUAAACGCAUUUUUUUAUUUUCUGUUUAACCUGUAUAAGACCUGAAUUGGUAAUAAUUUCACAUUCACAUAUUUGUGUUUAAAACAUUAAGAUGAUGCUUAAUGACAAUGGUUUCUGAAGACUAUGGUAUCAAAUAGAAAAAAAAUAAAUAUUACUACACGGGAUAAUUGAUACAUAAGAUCUAAAAGUCAUUGUUUGUGUGGAAGAUAAAAAGCAUGUGAGGAGUACACGUCCCGCUGCCGAAAUUCGUCGAUGCAGUGAAUUGCUUACGACAAAGCCAAUAAUAACACGUUGAAAAAACACUGAUAUUAUGGGGUAAUAGAAAGUUUUUUUUUUUAAAUCAGAAUAACCGUAUGAGAAAAACACAGUAUCCAGUUAAUUACCUAAAUAGUAUUAAAUGAUGCAGUUGUUGGAACAUUGCGAAAUUAUACUGUAUAUGAAUGUAAGGAAGGUUACAAACAAGAGCAGACUACAGUAUUCGUUCCAUCUAGUCUGCUUGGUUGCUAGUACCUUACUGAUCCGCAGAUAUCAUCCUGGCCGUUUCAACAGUUUGAAUUACUAGUAUAAAUAUUUAAAUAGGCUUGAUUGGAAUGUCAUUUCCAUAAGGGUGAAACUUUCGGAUAAAUAAGUUAUUUUGGCACGUACUGUAUUUAUAAUGUGUUUUAUUUUGACACUCAUACAGUACAGUAUGUACAGUACCUCAUUAAGACAAGGAGUUGCGAGAAAACAUGUCCCCCUCACGUUUGGUCCGCCUACAAGUGAUUCAAAUCGCGUUUCACCUGCAAACGAACAGUUUCUUUUUUUCACUUUUACUUUGUUUCGGUUUUCACCUGCACAUUUGUAAGAUAAUUCGGGUUUUGUUCAUUUCUUUCACUUCCAUACUGAUCAAAUUUCCACUGGCAUGCUGUCAACGUGAUAGCAUGGGCCCGUUUUUAGCUACUGUAUCUUUUUCUUCGUUUACCUUCGGGUUAUUUGGUGCUCACAUCAAAUAAUUUCAGGAAAAGUGUUACUGUGCCGAAACAUUUUUUCUCUGGAAAGCACCGUCCUUUCAGAAGGCACUUGUUAUCGACAUCGCGACUGUAAAAUUAGGUUCAUUCAAGCAAAAGCAAAUAUUACCGAUGCUUGCCUUUUUUCGCACUUUGUCAAUCAAGUUGUAUUUCUGAGACAGUUUACCUAGCGGGAGAUUAUGGCAAAGGUUUACAUUUUAUACAUCCGUCUACUAAACUGUUUUAAGUUAUAAUAAUCUUUUGUGGUGAAUGUUGACUUAUAACCGUUGCUACAUCAUGCUUGAAACAUACAUUAUUUUUAACAAUUGUGCUGUAUGGUGUCGUUAACUCUUGAUAAGCUCUGGGUGAUCACGCAUGUCACAAACAUUUUGAUGAGCUGUUUGGUGGUUUCAGAUAAUAGAAUGGUUUCAAAGCUAGAAUGCGUUUUGGAUUACACUUCGCAAAAAGAUGAUUAAGGAACUGUUCAAAGUUAAAAUCCCAACUGAGAACACAUUUUUCAAACGACCUCGGUCCAUUAUGGACUAAUUCAGGUGUGAGGGAGGUUUUCCACGUAUAGGCAUACCGAAGUACAAUUCAACACUAAAAAGUGGCAAACGAAAUUCGUGUAAAAGUGCCAUCCAUGUAAUUUUCGUGGUUUUCUUCGUGCUUGACAUCGGUAGCUUCACUCACACCUGAAGUGUGAUUGCGCAGCGGCUCAAGGCCUGUCACGUGAUCUCUGCUGUGACACACACGGGUAAUUGUUGCGUUUCUGAAACACUGCGGUCUUGUUGUAGCGGCCAUCUGUGCUGCGCAAUCAAUACACUGUAUUGCACCCCAACCUAAAACGAAUUACUCGAAAAACUUUGAAGUACACAUAAUUUAGUAUGCUAUUUUUGAACAUCCAUUCAAAAGUUGAAAAUAGUUCAUUAACUUCCAUUUAUUUAGGAAAGGUUACCUUUCUACCACAAGUGUUUAAAAGCCGUUUUCUUUUCCACAACAGGAAAUGCCGCAUUAAAUUUGACAUCAAAGCUUUUUUAAAUCUACGCCCUGUGAUAGAGAACGUUUCUCCAGUUGUAUGUUACCCGUGUUAUGUACAGUAUUUUAGCAAUAGUCUGUACUACAGAUACGCAGUUAUGAUUUUAACAGCAUAAACGUACUUGAUAAAAAAUUGUUCAAAAAAUGCUGUUUGAAAUGACCAUUUAACACAUGAUAACACAAAAUGAUCUUAAUCUGCCAUAAUGAUGUUCAUACUCGUUCGUGUUAGUUUAGACAGGCCUGCUUGACACAUUCUAUACUGGGUGUAUAAUAGUUCAUUAAUCGGAUGUUCUUCUCCACCCAUAAUGUACUGUCAUGAUUCCAUCCCUGAAUCAUGCAAGAAUUCACCUUAAACAUGAAACGUGUUCACAUGGUCAUUUAAACAUGAAGAACAUUCACCCAUGUCACAGUAUGUACUGUAUGGGAAACUCGAGCUUUGCUCUCGAGGGAGGUUAAUUUGUGUUUUGUGUGUACCUUUGUGUUUCUGUGAAAACAGUUUUUCUAAGACUAUCUUCUACUGGAUGUAAAACACAUUGGAAAACCCAACACCUCGUCUUCAUAAUAGUGUGACAUUGUACAUUUUAAUUUUGUCUCAGUUGACAAAUAGCAGGAAACCUCCAAAGACUAAAUAGAUUCAUGAGGAACUUUAAAGCUCCCCAGAACAAUCAAUUAACUAAACCUUUAACUGAAUAUUUGUGUUGCAUUACAGUCCAAUGAGUGCAAGGCUCAAUGUGCUACAAAAUCUGUGGAAAUGACCAUACACACUUAGACUGCUUUGAAAUACAGGGAUAAAUAAAGUUUAUGAAAGGCAAACAGCAGCAAGAAUGAAUACAAACUGUGCCAAAUGUAUGUAACGUUCAAUGUUUGUAUGUAUUGAUUUACUGUGUAAAGAAAACUGUUUUGUUUCAUGAAACAUAUUCAGGAGUCAGGUAACUGUGUAAUGGGAAUAUUUUUUUCAUACAAAGAGCUGCUGUAUAAUAAAUGCUUCUUUGCACCAAAACCAUAUUGAUUGAUUCAGCUCUUGUAUCUGAGUAAAAUUCCAUCAAACCAUGUUUUUGUCAUUAGCUGUGUUCUUAAAAGUUAAAUGGAAAAGGUUUUUGGAGACCAAGCUAAUGAUGGCUUAACCUCCUACUGUAUAUCAUUCGUCAGACAGAAAAAAAACAUGUCAUAUUUUAAGGUAUUGCUUUUGUUUUCUGGUAGUAUGAGAACAUACAUACACUGUCUUAGCAAAGUAAAAACAACACAUAUACUUGUAAAUGCAAUUUGAGUAUAAUAGAUUAUCAAUAAACUCCAAAUUUUAGGGCACAUUCUUUGAUCCUUGAUCAUGUUCAUAAAACGCACUGCUUGUGUCAGAAUACAAACUAAAAAACUAGAAUACAGUAGAUGAAAAUCUGACAAUGUUAACAAAAUAACUAAGAGGACUAUGAUUGAAGACCUGCUAAGAUAUUAAAGGCAGUAUUAUAAACUUUAAUAUAACAUUACAAUCAUGCUCUUAUUAUACUGUAUUGUAUUAAGGUUGUUUUGUAUUAUUUCUUCCACAUUUGUCACAUUUACAGCUUUGUAAAUGGAAUUGAUUUGUUUGGCCAAGUGGUUUUAUGAGUAUGUUUUGCAAAGCUGUUAAGGCAGUAUGUGCAUCUGUAUUAAAAUGGUAACAAAUGAUUCAUCAUGAACAAAGUGUAAUCUGAGCCUGUCCAGGGUGCUUUGGUGUUAUUUAAUUCAUUAAAUUUGACCUUGAUAUAGUCAAAGUCUGAACACAUUCAGUAACAACAAAUUCCAAAUGCAGUAUUAGAUAGUGGGAAGAAACAAGAAGUCUCUAAUGCUACAAUCAAGAAUGGUUUGCGACUGUCAAGUGAGUCAAAGUUUCCAUUUAAUCUGGGAAAUCAUGCUACCGUGAGUUUUUAAGGUUGGUCUUCCUUAAGAACAAAUAAUGCUUUGGUACAUCCUUACUUGAGAAGUGGAGUUCAAGCAAACAAGGAGGUACACAACUGAGGUUAAUCCCUCAGAAAUGAAAGUGAAUUGCAGGUUAUCACUUACAAUGCAACAAAAACAUUCAAUCACUUUUUAGAGCCUGUCUGCUGGGGAAAAAAAAUGAUUUAUUAACCAGUCAAUAACUAAACAAGGUUUUUCAACACCUUCAUGGAUGGACUGUUUGUAACUGUGUUUACAAAAAGGUAAAAUGCAUAUCGUUUAUGUCUACAGUUUCUGCACUGGCUUGUUACCCGUCAGGACAGAUAUUUAAGAAUUAAGAAUUAAUAUGGGAUGUAAAGAUACUGUUUUCUGGGAGAGUGUGCCGAGUGUGUUGUGUUGAGUCAUAAGAAGCCAAAGAUAACGAAGCUUAGAUAAAGUUGAUUAAGCAGUGUA